UUGUUGAAUUCACUAUGGAGAGGGGGGAUAACGGAAGUAAGGACUGGAGCCGGGGCACUGUGAUGGUGAUUUGCGAUGAGUUUUAGUCAGACCCUGUGAAGAAAGUGACCUACAGUCAUCUCCCCCAGUCUUUACCCGCUUAGGAUGGAGGCGAAACGGAAAGAAACGCGCAAGUCUUUGAGGAUCAAAGUAAUCUCCAUGGGUAACGCCGAGGUUGGCAAGAGCUGUGUUAUCAAGCGAUACUGUGAGAAGAGAUUUGUACCCAAAUAUCUUGCAACAAUUGGCAUUGAUUAUGGUGUUACCAAAGUGCAAAUUAGAGACCGAGAAAUCAAAGUGAAUAUCUUUGACAUGGCUGGACACUCCUUCUUUUACGAGGUUCGCAAUGAAUUUUACAAGGACACUCAGGGUGUAAUCCUAGUGUAUGAUGUUGGGCAAAAGGAAUCAUUUGAUGCCCUUGACUUAUGGCUUGCUGAGAUGAAACAAGAACUUGGACCACAUGGAAACAUGGAAAACAUUGUUUUCGUGAUUUGUGCCAAUAAGAUUGAUUGUGGCAAGUUGCGCUGUGUAGAUGAAAGUGAAGGGCGACUGUGGGCAGAAAGCAGAGGCUUUCUUUAUUUUGAAACUUCUGCACAGACUGGAGAAGGAAUUAAUGAAAUGUUCCAGACUUUCUACUCGGCUAUUGUUGACUUAUGUGAUAAUGGUGGAAAGCGCCCCACAACUGGCACAAGCAACAGUUUCACCAAGGAGCAAGUGGACACCAUCCGGAGGAUUCGCAACAGCAAGGAUAGCUGGGAUAUGUUGGGUGUCAAACCAGGAGCUUCAAGGGAUGAAGUAAACAAGGCCUAUCGAAAGUUGGCAGUGCUCCUCCACCCAGAUAAGUGUAUGGCUCCAGGCAGUGAGGACGCCUUCAAGGCUGUGGUCAAUGCACGGACUGCCUUGUUAAAAAAUAUCAAGUAAAACACAAGAAGAUGUGGCUUUCACCAGUAGCAAGUGAUAUGCCUAUUCUGAGAGAGGCAUCAAGAAUUGCCUC